AUGACAGUUUCGUAUAUUUUGGAUUCCUCUACUUCAACUGUUGGGUCAUUUUUAAGGAUUCUUUUUAGAUGGCGAGGAUCAGUUUGGAAGUCUGUACUAGUCGAGGUGAUUGUUUGGAUCGUUCUCUAUUAUAUCGUUUUUAGCAUUUAUCGGUUUAGUCUUGAUACAAUACAGCAAAAAAUGUUUGAAAGUAUUGGGCGUCAUAUUGAUAUUAGAUUGCAUCUCCUACCUUUAACUUUUAUAUAUUUGUGUUUAACACAAGUUUUGGUACUUCGCGAUAUUUCUGUACCCGUUAGGAAGCGUUUCCCAAAUCUGGAUUCUUUGGUUGAUUCGGGACUUUUGAAAAAGAAUGAGCGCGAAUUAUUAGAAAAUAUACCUUCUGUCGGGUUUAAUAAUUAUUGGAUACCAAUUAAUUGGAUUUUUGUUAUUUGUUACCGCUUGCGUCUUUGCGGUAAUAUUGUGGCAGAUAUGUUGAUGAAUGCGAUAUUGAAUGAAGUUAAAGUGUUUAAAGAGAUAGACAGAAUAAUACCCUUAAUGACUAUUUUGGAACUAUUCUUCAUCAUGGGCUGGGUUAAAGUUGCAGAAGCUUUAUUGAAUCCUUUAGGAGAAGAUGACGAUGAUUUUGAAUGUAAUUUUAUAAUUGAUCGAAAUAUUGCAAUGGCUAUGACAAUGGCUGACAUGUGCUAUGAUAAAACACCAGAACAGAUUAUUUCUGAUUCCUGUGACGAUUUAUUUAACCCGAAAACAGAGCUGGCCCCUCUUUACGCGGAAAGUAUUGCAACCCAACCCCAACACCCUCUUGUCGGAUCUGCAACAUUGUGUAAUUUACCAGAAGAGCAUCUGCCCGUUCGAAUGGUAGAAAGACAACAAGAAUUAAAAAGGGGGUCUAAUGUUGAUGAUUCCCUUUCCAACACAAAUAGUACAGAAUUGUCUACUGAAAAGGGUCUAAAUUUGCGUCGAUUUUCUAAUAUUUCUAUGAAAAAGUUGCGCAAUAUGCGUCAAUCUAUAUCAAUCCCUAUACAGCCUAAAUUUUGUGGAGGGAAGUUAUCAAAAAUUAGCGAAAAAGUAAUUUUAUUUUUUGAAAUUUUAUAAAUUUUAUUAAGCAAAUUGAACAAAUUAAAAAUGGAUGGGCACCAGAAAAUUUGAAAAAUACUAUACACACCUCAGAGAGACUGGAUGAGACAUUGGAGAAGCAAAAUGAUAUAAACACAACGCCG